AUGUCUUCAGCUGUCAACGCCGAGCAGUUGGUUGGAGCUCUGGACUGCGUCUCGAUUGUAGAUCAGGGAGAGGUAGAUGCUAAGUUUGGGUCAAAUGGGAAGAAGGCCUGUGGGAAUCAUGGUGGGAAUUGUGCGAUUUGCUUGGAUGAGAUUGUGCUCGAAGAAACUGCCCUAAUUAAGGGGUGUGAGCAUGCUUACUGUGUGACCUGCAUCCUGCACUGGGCCACGUACAGUGAGAAACCAAAGUGCCCUCAGUGCAAGCAUCCAUUUGAAUCUCUUAAUGUCCACCGAUCGCUCGAUGGCUGCAUCCAUGAUUACAUGUUUGAGGAAAGCCUGUGCCUUCUACUCAGAGCCACAUGGUUCAAGCCAUUGGAAGUACCAUCUCACCAUGGCACUGCAUAUGAGGAUCCAGAUGAGUUCUUCCCGUAUGACUACGUGUAUGGUUACGGGUACGAUUACGAGGAAGAUGAUAUUGAUGAAGCUGCUUACUACGGCAGCGGCAGUUCCUCAUCGAGCAGUGUUAUUAGGAUUGGCAACAGAAGGUGGGGUGACAAUGGGUACGUUAGAGCAGGCCGUUUAGAGGCCCGGCCAGUUCAUCAUCGACCCAAUGCCCAGGAUUCCGGAGGUGCAGGUGGUUCCUCGUCAUCAUCUCGUGAACCGAGGAAGAAAGAGGAUAAGACCGGGCGUCGUGCAAAGAGGACCCAGAAGCGGGAAGCUGCUGACAAGAAAGCUGCUGAGAAACAUCAGCUGCUUCUGGCCAGGCUGGGGCGCCAGUAA